AUGACCGAGGCUUUUACCAACCGCACAGGAAAGGGUGCCACAGAGCGAGGAACUUGUCAGCUGUUCCGGGAUCACCCUAUAGAAUUGGACAAAAGGGAGCGUAAACGGUAUCAGAAUCGUCUUGCGCAGCGCACGUACAGACGGAAUCAGAAACAACGAUUGCAGGCUUUGGAAGCCGUCGUCGCGCAAUCCUCGGAUACGAUAGCAUCGUCCCUCACGAGCCACACAGAAGUUAUUGUUCCUCCAGAACCUUCCUGUGACGAUCAGAUAUGGGCCAUAGAUCCCGUGUUGCAGGAAGCUUCCCCCUCGGGGCUUCUGACGAGCUUGGGGCGAACAGCGCUUCAUCGCGCGGUCUGCAGUGGGAAUGAGUCUAUCACUCACCUUCUCUUGGAGCGAGGAGCCAACGUCAUGAAACAGGAUGGAAAUGGGCAGACGGCACUGCACCUGGCCGCGGAGAAUGGGUGCGAAGCGCUGGUCAAAGUCUUAAUCGAAAGGACCCCAGAUCUCAACGUGACAGAUUAUCUGGGACGCACGGCGUUGUUUCUAGCUGUUCAGAGUGAAAGCGAAACGGUAGCAAAGCUAUUAUUAGAAGCCUCAAUCGAUGUGAAUUGGAAAGAUACAUCAGGGAACGUUGCCCUUCAUCUGGCAGUUGAACGCGGUUCCGAGUCUUUGACGCUUCUUCUCCUCCAAUACGGUGCCAAUAUCGACGCAUAG